AGAACCCACCAGGAGGAGGCCAACCAUUCUACCUCUUGUGACCACAAUGCUGACCACUCGCCUCUCCAGACCCCUGUCACAGCUCCUGGGGAGCACCCUAAGUUUCCAUGAAAGAGACAAUGGAACGAGACGCACACUGCUGUUUUAUUCUGCCUCCUUUGACCCUGCAGGCCGUCGUACUUACGCUGAUUCGGUGAACCCGGCUGGCAGCAAAGCUGUCCUGGUCACAGGCUGUGACUCUGGAUUUGGGUUUUCCUUGGCUAAGCAUCUGCAUUCCAAAGGCUUCCUUGUGUUUGCUGGCUGCUUGAUGAAGGACAAAGGGGAUGAUGGGGUCAAGGAACUGGACAGCUUGAAGAGUGAUCGACUGAGAACCAUCCAGCUCAACGUCUGCAAAAGCGAGGAGGUGGAGAAAGCAGUGGAGACCGUCCGCUCGAGCCUGGGGGACCCUGAAAAAGGCAUGUGGGGCCUGGUUAACAAUGCGGGCAUCUCGACGUUUGGGGAGGUGGAGUUCACCAGCAUGGAGACCUACAAAGAGGUGGCGGAGGUGAACCUCUGGGGCACCGUGCGGAUGACAAAAUCCUUUCUCCCCCUCAUCCGAAGGGCCAAAGGCCGCGUCGUCAACAUCAGCAGCAUGCUGGGCCGCAUGGCCAACCCAGCCCGCUCCCCAUACUGCAUCACCAAGUUCGGGGUGGAGGCUUUCUCUGACUGCCUGCGCUACGAGAUGCACUCGCUGGGCGUGAAGGUCAGUGUGGUGGAACCCGGCAACUUCAUCGCUGCCACCAGCCUCUACAGCCCUGAGCGCAUCCAGGCCAUUGCCAACAAGAUGUGGGACGAGCUGCCCGAGGUGGUGCGCAAAGACUACGGCAGGAAGUACUUUGAUGAGAAGAUCGCCAAGAUGGAGACCUAUUGCAACAGUGGCUCCACAGACACGUCCCCCGUCAUCAACGCUGUCACCCACGCCCUGACCGCCUCCACCCCCUACACCCGCUACCACCCCAUGGACUACUACUGGUGGCUGCGAAUGCAGAUCAUGACCCACUUGCCUGGAGCAGUCUCUGACAAGAUCUACAUACACUGAAGAGUUCGACAGUAGCCUCUGUUGGGGAGCCCCAGUGAGAGAAGGGGAGGGAGGGAGGAGGAAGGAGCUUGUGUGGUCACCUCUUGCUUACCCACUUGUGGAUUCUCCGCAGUCCCAGGAGGAAUCACUACCAGUUUUAGCGUUAACCAAAGCGGGUAGCCCAGCCUGACUUGUGUGCACAGUGAGUGGCUGGGCCUUCUCAAUCGGUGCGGAGGGGCGGGCAGGGCCCCUAAACCUCAGGGCAGACAUGGGGCAUCCAUCUUUUUGGAGGUGAUUUCAUACAAAGAUUUGGGGUAAACAUCUUUAUAUUAAAAACAGAUUUAUUAUCAAGUAGAAUCCAAAUCCUUUACAUUUUUAAGCCAAAA